AUGGUGCUUCUUCUUCUUCUUCCUCCUCUUCCUCCUCCUCUCACCGUCAUCUUCAUGCUUCAGCUCGCUCUUGGUACCAUUGCUUCUUCGGCCCAACCCUACCAUGCCCUAGUUUCACCCAUCAUCAAAGACUCGUCCACCUCUCUCUACUCCAUCACCCUCGGUCCGAACGAUGGCGGCGGCUUCGUUAUUGACCUCUCGUCCCCAUUUUCAUGGCGUCGCUGCAGCCCGCGAGAUCGUCUCAUUCCCUGUGCCUCCCAGCAAUGUGUCGCAGCAAGACGCCACCAGCCUGAUCCUGAGUCUUGUCAUCAUCCGAGUAGGCUCCAAAUCGAUGGUGAGAAUAGCUCGAGCUCCAGUCAUCAAGAUUGCGCGUGUACGGUGACAGCAUCGAACCCCAUCGCCGAGUCGUGUGCGUUGUCGAAGCUGUCAGCCCACGACAUAGUGAUUCCGUCGACGGAUGGCCAUAUCCCGAAAGCAAAUAUUUUGGUGAAUGGCGUCCUGUUCGCUUGCGCUCCAGAAUCGUUGUUUCGUUCAUUCCCGUCUGGAUCUUCAGGAAUGGCGAGCCUCUCACCCGGUUCGUUCUCCCUCCCCUCACGAUUCAAGAACGCUAUUGGAGCUACGGUGGUCAACAAGCAGUUCGCAAUUUGCUUGCCGAGCAGUUCUUCAUCCCCCGGAGCGAGCUUCUUCGGAAACGGGCCAUUUUACUUGCUUCCGCCGCCAGGUACAGACGUCACACAGUUCCUCUCCUUCACUUCAUUGCUAAAGAACCCCAUGACGGAGAACAAUCUCGACUACUACAUUGACGUCCGAUCCAUCUGCAUCAAUGGUGAGCCGGCUUCGUUCUUGCAGCGCAUGCUCGAGUUCGACUCUCUUGGCCAUGGCGGGAUCAAGCUGAGCACGGUGGCUCCGUACACGACCCUCCGGAGCCACGUGUACCAGCCUUUCCUCAAGCUCUUUGCCUGGUCGACAAGAGGGAUACCACGUGCACGGAAGGUGAAGCCUUUCGAUCUCUGCCUCAACACGAGCGCGCUAGGGUCGACGAGGGUCGGGUUGCCAGUACCCUGGAUCGAUCUUGUGCUCGGGAACGGGAGGAACUGGACAAUCAUCGGGGCGAACUCAAUGAAGCAAGUGAGCGACAACGUGGCGUGCCUCGCGUUCGUCGACGGCGGGGAGAGGGCCGAGCAAGCAAUGGUGGUAGGGUCGUAUCAGAUGGAGAACAACUUCUUGUUGUUUGAUCUGGUUGGGCAAAAGCUUGGGUUUAGUUCGUCGCUGUUGUUCCGUCAGACCACAUGCUCUAACUUCAAUUUCACAUCUUCGAGUCUAUAG